AUGGACUCACCUGGUGGCUCUGUGGCCAGGGCCAUUUUGGAGAGCAAAAAGUAUGAGGAGAGAGCACUGGCCAGGGAUGCGACUCAACCAAAUGGGCAGGUGCUCCGGGACCUUGGGGCCGAGGUGGUAAAAGGCGACCUGAAUGACAAAGCAUCAGUGGAGGCCUCCUUGAAAGGAGCCUUCAUGGUGACCAACUUCUGGGACCAUUUCAGCAAAGAGAAAGAAAGACUGUGGAAGGGCAAGAGUGGAAACAAGGAGCCCAAAUUUGCAAUAAUCCAAGUCAGAGAUGAUGGUGGCUUAGACCAGGGUGAUAGCAGUGAGGAUGCACUGCCCAUGGGGGAUGUACCAAUGGAUGGUAUCUCUGUUGCUGAUGUUGGAGAGGUCAUCUGCAGCAUUUUUAAUUUGCCAGAGAAGUUUGUAGGCAAGACCGUGGGUCUCAGUGCAGAAGCACUAACAGUACAGCAAUAUGCUGAUGCUUUGUCCAAGGGUUUGGGGAAAGAAGUCCGAGAUGCAGAGAUCACCCUGGAAGCUUACGAGAAGCUAGAAUUUCCUGCAGCGAAGGAAAUGACCAAGAUGUGUCAUUUCUAUCAAAUGAAGCCAGACUGUGAUAGCAAGCUCACCCACCGACUGAACCCCAAAGUCAAAAGCUUCAGCCAGUUCAUCUCAAAGAACCAGUCAGCCUUGAAGGGCACUUAA